AUGGACAAGACUUCGCCCGUGCUGCGUGCUGCCGUUGAGCGUGUCAGUAACGCAAUUACCUCGUUACAUCAGGCUGCGGAGUGGGGCAUGGGAUCUGCCCCGAUUGUCUACCGCACAUUGGGAUUGCCACUCCCUUACAGUCCAACUGUUCGUGCCCGACGACUAAGCACGAUCUACCGCUU